CAUUCCAGUUAUUGGUCAGUUACCGGCUCCCAUGGAACACCGCGUUAGUAGAUCCCGGAGACUGUAAACUUGCUUGACACAAUGGCGGGUGGAGAUAGUAAGUCAUCAAAGGAAGAGAAAACCCAGCCUGCAGUAACUUCAGCAGCUGGUGGAAAGGAGAAGAAGGAUUCUGGAACUUCAGGAGCAGCGACUGACAAAGAGAAGGAGCAAGAACUGUCUGAAGAGGACAAGCAACUACAAGAUGAGCUGGAAAUGCUGGUGGAGAGGCUCAGUGAGAGCAAUGCAGAUCUUUAUCGCUCUGCACUUGAGGAGCUUCGUAGACAAAUACGAUCUUCUACCACAUCGAUGACCUCUGUCCCUAAGCCUCUAAAAUUCCUUCGACCUCACUACGGCAAACUGAAAGAAAUCUAUGAAACUAUUUCUCCAGAUGAAAACAAGCGUUUCUGUGCCGACAUAAUCUCUGUACUUGCAAUGACUAUGAGCAGUGAAAGAGAAUGUUUAAAGUAUCGACUACUGGGAUCCCAAGAGGAUAUUGCUUCAUGGGGCCAUGAAUAUGUCAGGCACUUGGCUGGUGAAGUUGCAAAGGAAUGGCAGGAUCUAGAUGAGAAUGACAAAGCUCAGCGAGAGACUCUCCUGAAACUGGUGAAAGAGAUUGUCCCAUACAACAUGGGUCACAAUGCUGAGCAUGAAGCAUGUGAUCUUCUCAUGGAGAUAGAGCAGAUGGACAUGUUGGAAAAGUACAUUGAUGAGAAUGCAUAUGCCAAGGUCUGCCUGUACCUCACAAGUUGUGUUAGCUACGUUCCUGAACCAGAGAAUUCUGCUUUGCUGCGCUGUGCUCUGGGAAUUUUUCGCAAGUUCAAUCGGUACCCUGAAGCAUUACGUUUAGCCUUAAUGCUGAAUGACAUGGAAAUGGUGGAUGAUAUUUUCACAUCCUGUAAAGAUGUUGUUAUUCAGAAGCAGAUGGCUUUUAUGCUUGGUCGGCAUGGUGUUUUCCUUGAGCUCAAUGAAGAUGUUGAAGAUUAUGAAGAUCUGACUGAGAUCAUGUCCAAUGUGCAGCUCAACAGUAACUUCCUUGCACUUGCCAGAGAGUUGGAUAUUAUGGAACCAAAAGUACCGGAUGAUAUCUACAAGACUCAUCUAGAAAACAACAGGUUUGGUGGCAGUGGGUCUCAGGUGGAUUCUGCCCGGAUGAACUUGGCUUCAUCUUUUGUAAAUGGUUUUGUAAAUGCUGCUUUUGGACAAGACAAGCUGUUAACAGAUGAUGGGAACAAGUGGCUGUAUAAAAACAAGGACCAUGGUAUGCUGAGUGCUGCAGCCUCCCUGGGGAUGAUCCUUCUGUGGGAUGUGGAUGGAGGAUUGACACAAAUUGACAAAUACUUAUAUUCUUCAGAGGAUUAUAUCAAGUCUGGUGCACUUCUAGCUUGUGGUAUCGUUAACUCUGGGGUGAGGAAUGAGUGUGAUCCUGCACUAGCUCUGCUUUCUGAUUAUGUGUUGCACAACAGCAAUACAAUGAGGAUUGGUGCAAUCUUUGGUUUGGGCUUAGCUUAUGCUGGAUCUAACCGGGAGGAUGUCCUCACCUUGCUUCUUCCUGUAAUGUCAGAUUCUAAGUCCAACAUUGAAGUGAUGGGUGUGACUGCCUUAGCCUGUGGUAUGAUUGCAGUUGGUUCCUGCAAUGGAGAUGUAACUGCAACAAUUUUACAGACCAUAAUGGAAAAGUCAGAACAGGAGCUAAAGGAUACUUAUGCUAGGUGGCUUCCACUUGGCCUAGGAUUAAACCAUCUUGGGAAAGGGGAGGCCAUUGAGGCCAUUUUGGCUGCCCUGCAAGUAGUACCAGAGCCAUUCCGAAGUUUUGCCAACACCCUGGUGGAUAUCUGUGCCUAUGCAGGUUCUGGCAAUGUGCUGAAAGUGCAGCAGUUGCUGCAUAUCUGCAGUGAACAUUAUGACACAAAAGAUAAAGAAGAGGAGAAAGACAAGAAGGACAAGAAAGAUAAAGAAAAAAAGGAAAGUACACCAGAGAUGGGUGCUCACCAGGGAGUAGCAGUGCUGGGUAUUGCUCUCAUAGCAAUGGGUGAAGAAAUUGGCUCAGAAAUGGCUUUGCGAACAUUUGGGCAUCUGUUGCGAUAUGGUGAACCUACCUUGAGGAGAGCUGUCCCCUUGGCAUUGGCACUGAUCUCUGUGUCAAACCCUCGCCUGAACAUCUUGGACACCCUCAGCAAAUUUUCCCAUGAUGCUGACCCAGAAGUCUCUUACAACUCCAUCUUUGCCAUGGGAAUGGUUGGCAGUGGUACAAACAAUGCAAGACUUGCAGCUAUGUUACGACAGCUAGCACAGUACCAUGCCAAGGAUCCCAGCAAUCUUUUCAUGGUCAGAUUGGCCCAGGGUUUGACUCAUCUUGGAAAAGGUACACUGACACUAUGUCCAUACCAUAGCGACCGGCAGUUAAUGAGCCAGGUAGCUGUAGCAGGCCUGCUGACUGUUUUGGUAUCAUUCCUGGAUGUGAAAAAUAUUAUUUUGGGGAAAUCUCACUACGUAUUAUAUGGGUUGGUAGCUGCCAUGCAGCCUCGUAUGCUGGUCACAUUUGAUGAGGAACUCCGGCCAUUGCCAGUAUCCGUUCGAGUAGGACAGGCUGUAGAUGUAGUUGGCCAGGCUGGAAAACCUAAAACCAUCACUGGCUUUCAGACGCACACUACCCCAGUAUUACUUGCGCAUGGAGAAAGAGCAGAAUUGGCAACCGAGGAAUAUAUCCCAGUAACCCCCAUCCUAGAAGGAUUUGUCAUCUUGAGAAAAAAUCCCAAUUAUGAUGUCUAAGUGCUGCCUUAUGGAGCCUGCCUUUGUGUGAAGGAGAGUUUUUCUACUUUACAUUUAGCCCUGUUUUUCCCUAUUUAUAUGGUCAUCAAGGAGAUUUUGCCAUCCUGUACAGUGCAGAAUCUUGUUUGGAAAAAUGAAACCAAGUUUCUUGCUACAUCAUUUUGUAUGGAACUGCACAAAAACAAUUUUGUCCAUGCUUUAUAAUGGUAUAUGUAUGUCAAAAUUAAAUGAUUUAAAAUUUA